GCGUCCGUGUCGUAGCGUGGCAGUGAAUUAAAACCCGCAAUCACGCGAAGACCUUUGGUGUCGUGCGCACACACAGGCACGGCAAGAAACAAGCGAAAAUAUGCAGAAAGCAUUGGGAAACAGAUAAUCGCCAGGCACGGGACGCGCGCGUUCGUCGGCGCUGUGUGUGGAAAACGUCAAAAAUUGCGUACCGCGACUGUCAAGCAAAGAAAAAGCGCAUCUCGUUCGUUCUAGCCAAUGGUUCCUGUGUUUUAUUCUUUUUAAUGGUUCUAUUCCGCAGUGACGUGUGCUUAGGGAUGCGAAAACCCACUUCCGAUCAUCACAGCAUCCUUUGCCGGUAGUUUGUUCUCCGCUUCCUUCAGUGUAGAACGAGAUGUUUGCACAUGCCGCUCUUCCCGACAGUCAAAAGAACGACAAGUUGGAACAUAAAAUGGCGGCAUCCCAAAGCAAUCGACGCUUCGAUCUGCAUUCAUUGAAGUUUAGCACAAUGUCAAGAAGUUAGUUUUUCCAGUGUUUGAAAAUGGAUGGAAAAUUAUUUUCGACAACUUUUCGCGCGCUUUUUUGUGCCUUGUGCAGCUUUCUUGAAUUUGGGUUAUGCCGUUACCCGAAAGUGUAUGCAAGUUCAGAUCGCGGUGAUUAAAGUGAAUGAAUUUAACUAGUUUUUUAAAUUGACACAGGAAACUGUCGAUAGUAGGGGCUUCUCCGGGAGAAAGGGCGCUGUGGGGUUUCCUUUUCUUGGCGGUUUUUACCGCCAACGAUCGAGGCGCGUCGAGACUGUUGGAAGUAGUGAAUCAGGUGUGUGAAAAAGUGCUUCACUAACCGUGUGCUGUACGUGCCGUACUAGUGGUAUAUCGUGUGAAGUGUUGUGCGGCUUGCCAGUGAUAUCAUUCGGUGAACGAAGAUUGCAUCCGAUAGCAGCUAAAUUGCGGAAGAUCGACUAACUGUAGGCAAACAGCGGCGGAAGAAAUAACGAGAGCUUAAAAGCGGCUAAAAUGUGUGCGGCACAGACGAAUCCGCCGGCCAGCUUUAACUACACCACCUGGGGGUUCGCGGAAAAUCCCCGCUCCGACUCGGUGGUGGAGAUAAGCCCAAACAUCAACUAUACCGUCGCAGAUGGAUCGUCAGCGAUGCCAUAUUUGCACCUACCGGAUGGUGCCAGCAUCAUCGUGCAGAAGGACGCAAAGGGAACGAUCCCGCACACCAACAAAACCGUCCGCCGGAUGAUCGUCCUUCCGCACGAUGGAUCCACCGUGCAGCAAGGAACCCAGAGGAUAAUCACUACCAGCGGAACGACGGCAACGGUCUCCACUGGCCACACGAAGAAACAGAACGAAGUCAUAACGAAUGGCAUCAUUGACUCGAAGACGAAAACCAUCCUCACGGCGGCGGGCACGGGCGGUGCAUUUAUGUCCCCGCUGGGACCGAUCCAGCUGACAGCCGAGGAAUGCAACGACAUAUUGAUGAAGCGGGCAGCGGCAGCGGUCGCAGCCAACAAUCAACAUGCCAUCACCAACAGCACCGAUGGUCAUCACACAUCCAUUGCCGUGCAGGUGCAGAAAGUCAUCCAGGGCCUGGAGGAUGGUGAUGAUUCACAGGCGGCAACCUCAAACCACCAGCUGAAGAUAGAACCGACGCUAAGCAUUUCACCGAAGCUCGAAGCCGUAGAGAUUGAUUAUAACGAUUACGUCCAGGCAGAGGCGGCCACACCGACCCCGAACGUGGUCCCGAAGGAGCGUCCGUACUCGUGCGAUCAGUGCGGCAAGUCGUUCCUGCUGAAGCACCAUCUGACCACCCAUGCGCGUGUCCAUACAGGUGAACGGCCUCACGUGUGCGUCCACUGCGGCAAGGACUUUGCCCACAAGCACUGUCUCAAUACGCACUUGCUGCUGCACUCGACCGAGCGACCGUACCAGUGCCAGGAGUGCAAGAAAAGCUUCACCCUGAAGCACCACCUGCUGACGCACUCGCGGGUUCAUUCGCGCGAACGUCCGUUCGUGUGCCAGGAGUGUGGCCGAUCGUUCCCGCUGAAGCGCCACCUGGUGACGCACAGCAAGUUCCACGCCGGCGAGCGGCCGUACGUUUGCGAGGACUGCGGUGAAAGCUUCGCCCAGAAGGAGCACCUGGUGAUGCAUUCGCGGUUCCACGGAUCGCUCAAUCCGUUCGUGUGCCAGGACUGCGGGGCUACGUUCCCGCGCAAGUUCCAGCUGGUCAACCAUGGCAAGCUGCACGGACGCAUACCGCACUCGUGUACGCUCUGCGGCAAGGAGUUCCUGCAGAAGCGCACCCUAGCGGCGCACAUGAGGAUUCAUACCGGCGAUCAACCUUUUCCGUGUAUCGCCUGCGGUGAAGGAUUCCGUACCAAGUCGGAGCUGAGUGCACACAAUCGUCUCACGCACAGUGGCACCAAUGCGAACUCGUCUUCGAACGCGACCAUCAUCACAACCAACACGGUCGUUACGUCCAACGCGCAGCAGCAGCAACAGCAGCAACAGCAACAGCAGCAGCAGCAACAACAACAGCAGCAGGCCCAGGGCCAACAGCAGCACAUCGAGGUGCAGCAGAUCCAACACCACCAGGGUCAGCAGCAGGUGCAGGAAGUGGCUAAUGGCAACAUCAUUACGACGAUUGCCGCCACCGGCCAGGGUUCACCCGAGACUUCCCCGAGGCCCCAAUAUGCAUGUCGCGAGUGUGGCAGCGCCUUCAAUAGCCGCGAAGCAUUGGCCCUUCACCUACGCCUGCACACCGGCGAUAAGAGCCUGAUGACAGACCUGUGCGCCCUUACCGCCGCCAUCCCGGGCCAUCUCUUCCCGGCCGUCAAUCAAGAAUAUUCGCUGGUUGGAAGUCCGGCAAACGGUGGUCCGACGACUCUCAUGACGACAAGUCCCGUAAUACAGAGCAAUCCUCCCUUUCCAGUACAAAUAAUCACCUCCUCCGGGCAGGUCGUCCAGCAGACGAUCCAACCGCAAAGCCCUCCCCAGCAGCAGCAGCAACAACAGCACCACCAACAGCAGCAGAUUCAACAGCAGCAGCAACAACAGCAGCAGCUCCAGCAGCAAACACAAGUGGUUCAGCAGCACCAGACGCAAACCGUCGUCCAGCAGCAAAAUCAGCAACAGCAGCAGCAGCAGCAAAUGCAACAGCAGCAGCAGCAGCAACAGCAACAGCAGCAACACCAGCAGACAGUUGUCGUGGGACAGACGAAACCAAAGUCGCACUACUGCACCCACUGCGGCAAGGGUUUUGCAGCCAAGCACGGUCUGCUGCUGCACAACCGACGCCACCCGAACGGUGGUUGCACCGUGCGGACACACGUGUGCGAGUGCGGUAAGGCGUUCUUCCAGAAGAACCACCUGAUGCUGCACCAGCGUCAGCAUUUGGAGCAGAAGCCAUCGGUCGGUGGAGCUGGGGCUGCGGCAGCCAAUGCUCAGCAGCAGGGUCAGGCUAGCCAGCAGCAACAGCAGGCGGCCGCCGGUCAGCAGCAACUCGUUGUAAUUCAACAACCAAACCAGGAAGCAUUGGUACAGCAGCAGCAACAGCAGCAAGCCCAUCAGGCCGCCCAGCAGCAGCAUCAACUGCAGCAGCAGGCCCAGCAACAGCAGCAGCAACAGCAAGCCGUCGCUGUGCAGCAGCAGCAGCAGCAGAAUCAACAGAACAAUCAGCACGGCAUGCGCAACCUGGUGAUCGCGAAUCAGCCCGUGCAGGUGCAGGUGCUAGAGGGUAACACGACCCAGGUGAUCAAGUACGAGAUCAUCCACGACACCUCGCGGCAGUCGAACGUCGAGUGAGAAGAGGCGAUGCUCCGUAUAACCAAACCGGAUGGUACGGAGGAAAUGAAGAAAGUCUUCAUACUGAAGAACGAGAUGGGAUGAAACUUGCUUCACGGUGGCGGCCCCGCUGCUGCUGGUGGCGUUGGUGUGGCCGCACCCGGCGCUGUUAGCUAUUCCGCCACCAACACCACCACCUCCUCCUCCUCUUCUUCCACGCCGGCCGUGCUGGACGUGGGUGCGG